AUGGCGCACCUCAAUGGCUCCCAGUCCAAGGGCGAGCACACACUGCAAUCGCUGCCCAAGUCCAGCGUCUUCACACAGAACCUGCCUCCGGACGCCGCCUUCCCCACGCCGAAAGACUCGCACGAUGCGCCACGGCAGACUCUCGGACCGCGCAUGGUGAAGGAGGCGCUCUACACAUACGUGAGGCCAGAUGCUCAAGGCGAGGCUGAGAUAUUGGGUGUCAGUCAGCGAGCCCUGCAGGAUCUUGGGCUCAAAGAGGAAGAGGCACAGACAGAAGCGUUCAAGCAGCUGGUUUCCGGCGGCAAGAUCCUUACAUGGGACGCCGAGAAGCCAGACGAGGGUAUCUACCCUUGGGCGCAAUGCUAUGGUGGCUACCAAUUUGGGCAAUGGGCCGGCCAGCUAGGUGAUGGACGCGCCAUCUCGCUGUUCGAGUCUACAAACCCUUCGACAGGCACGCGUUACGAGAUUCAGCUCAAAGGCGCCGGACGUACACCGUACUCGCGCUUUGCGGACGGAAGAGCAGUCCUGCGGUCAUCGAUCCGUGAGUUCGUUGUCUCAGAGUACCUCAAUGCGAUUGGCAUCCCUUCGACGAGAGCGUUGGCGCUCACGCUGAACAAUGGUACCAAGAUCAUGCGCGAGCGAGUCGAGCCUGGUGCUAUCGUCACACGCUUUGCGCAGAGUUGGAUUCGAUUCGGUACCUUUGACCUCCAGCGCAUGCGCGGCGACCGCGAGACACUCCGAAAGCUGACUGACUACACUGCCGAGCACGUCUACGGAGGGUGGGACAAGCUGCCGUCGAAGCUGCCAGCUGGUGAGGCAAAGACCACACAUACCGACGUCAAGACAGGCGUAGCAAAGGACACAAUUGAAGGCUCUGGGCCAGAAGAAGAGAAUCGCUACACACGUCUUUACCGCGCCGUGGUGCGCAAUAACGCUGCAACAGUCGCCAAGUGGCAAGCGUACGGCUUCAUGAACGGUGUGCUCAACACAGACAACACAUCGAUCCUCGGUCUGAGUAUCGACUUCGGGCCUUUCGCGUUCCUCGACACCUUCGACCCUACCUACACACCCAACCACGAUGACCACAUGCUGCGCUACAGCUACCGCAACCAGCCAACCAUCAUCUGGUGGAACCUUGUCCGGCUAGGAGAGGCUUUUGGUGAGCUGAUGGGCGCCGGCUCGAACGUUGACAACGCCGAGUUUGUCGAGAAGGGUGUCAGUGAAGCAGACGCCAGCGAUCUGGUCAAGCGCGCAGAAGGCAUCAUCGAGCGGGCAGGCGAGGAGUACAAGGCCGUCUUCCUGUCCGAGUACAAGCGUCUUAUGACCGCACGUCUUGGACUGAAGUCGCAACAAAACAGCGACUUUGACACAUUGUUCUCUGAACUACUGGACUUCCUCGAGGCGUAUGAGCUCGACUUCCACCAUGCGUUCCGCAGACUGUCCAACUUGAGCCUAUCGAAACUGCAUUCGGAUGAGGGCAGGCAGAAUUCUGCGGAUAUUUUCUUCCGCAACGACAACCUGCCGAAGGAUGGUGCGGAUUCGCGGGUGCGAAUCGCCAAGUGGCUCGAGAAGUGGUCAGCGAGAGUGAAGGAGGAUUGGGGUGAGGAUGAUCAUGGGCGGCAGGAAGCCAUGAGGGCUGUCAACCCCAGUUUUGUUCCUCGAUCGUGGAUUCUUGACGAGUUGAUUGACAGAGUAGAGAAGAAGGGCGAGCGCGAGAUUCUAUCACAGGUCAUGCAGCUGAACCUCAAUCCAUUCUCGGAAGAGUGGGGUUGGAAUGCGGAAGAGGAACAGAGGUUCAUCGGCGACGUACCGAAGUACAAGGGAAUGAUGCAGUGUAGCUGCAGUUCGUAG